GGACAACCUCGUCUAGCCGCUCAAGGUAGCCAUCCAUCCCGUCAACUUUGAAGUGAAGCCGGUUGAGGGAGUCGGCGAUGGAGGCAAGGUUGGCCCGGGCCUGGGGUUCGGCUGGGCCAGCGGCAGUGACUGCGGUGUGGCGCGGCAGUGGCAGGCACGGCGUUGUCCGACCGCUUGGUGAAGGUUUGGGUGCUGAUCGUCCAAAGCUUCGUGACCUUUGUGAGCGGGCCAAUAGUGGUGGUUACCUUGAACCGUUCAAGGAUGUCCAUCACCACGAACGGAUUGAGGUCCUCACUGGACAUGAUCGUGUGCCCAUGCUUCCGGGGCUUGAUUAUUUGGGACACGAUGUAGAGAAGGAGCCGGCUCUCUGGGGUCGCGGAGUGGAUGGUGGGGCGACCCGAGGCAUGGCGGAUGAGCUCGGUGAUGCCAAGCUCGUUGAGGAUAAGGCCCUCGUUGUUGAGCACCCAGUCCUCUCCGCCAUAGUGGGAGACGUCGUCGCCUUGGUAGGGGAGGCCGGCGAUGCGCCCAAGCUGCUCAACGGAAAGCUCAAUCGGCGUGCUCUUGACAAGAGAGUAGAGCACGUCGUCCUCACGCCGGAGGUUGGAGUAGAAGGUCCGGAUCAGUGCCGGGUUGAUCUCCUUCCGAGCCCGGGAGACGAACGGCCAAAGGCUGGCUUGAUGAAGCUGCGCGUCUAUAUCGUCGUAGCCCUGCAACUCCGGGAAGAACUCCGAGACAAUCCGCGGGGGAGCCACAACCCGUUUAGAGAAGAAGGUGAGGAAACGGGUGCGCUCCUCCUCGGAAUCGAACCAGAGAUACGAUCCGUCGCCAUAGUAGAGGCGCUACUCGGAGUUUGUUGACGGUGCCCGGGAUUUGGACUUUGAUUUCCCGGAGGGGGCAGCCCUGCUCUUGUCUUUGCCCAUGGAAAUGUAUCAUUCCUUAACCAUAAAGGAAAACUAACCCCCACCCACAUAUACGUAUAUAUAUAUAUACUACAUCUAUAAAUAUAAGGAGUAUUCUCAAAAGAAAUUAUGACAUACCAUGGGAAACUAAGUACUGACAAAAUAUAUUACUAUUGAUACCAAAUAUACUCAUAUAGUUAGGUAUUUAGCACUGGGUUAGAAAGGAGCUUUCUACCGGAGGUUGUCAGGUCUAAUAACCAUCAUUCGUCUUUUUUUUCCAAACCGUUUCGAACGACAAGGUACACAAACAGAAUAGUGACCGAACUGGAGGACGAUGCUAAGCCGAUGGAAGGAUGGACGAGAUGAUAUAAAGAAAAAUGAUAAUAAUAAAUAUGUUAUUUUGAAAUGAAUAUUUUGUACGAAUAUGUUAAGCUUCCGCAUGUAUAAUAGUUACUCUGAUAUUAUCAAUAAAUAAAUAAGUUUUGUUUAAUGCUCCAUUUUCCGAUUCAAAAAGGUUACACCCAUUAACACCGCGAGUCGGAUAUUUGAAUAAAUUCGGGUAUCCGGG